AUGCCAGUAGUCUCAGCAAAUUCAACAGAUGUAUGUCUAUUAACUGAUUCUGAUGAAUUAGGAAACAAUUAUGUUCCGAAUGCUCCUCUACGAAAAUCCUCUCUUUGUGACAACACACCUUCAAAUGAUCGACUUCUUUUGAGUGGUCGAGUUUAUGAUUUUAGUAAAAAAUGUGGAAAUGGUAUACCGAACGUCACAUUAGAAGUAUGGCAGGCGAACUAUAAUGGAUUAUACUCAACCAAUGAAAAUGACUGGACGUGUCGAGGAGUAUUUAUAACCGAUAAAUAUGGUAAUUACAAUUUUUCAACAAUAUUACCCGGACGUGAAAGCGAUGGACUCGGUGGCUAUCGUCCAGCUAAUAUUCAUUUUAAAAUUACUGCUAAUGGUUUCCAUGAACUUGUGACACAAUUAUAUUUUUAUGGUGACAUGUUUUUAUCACCAAAUGAUACAUGUCAGACGUGUAACAGUAGUUCACCAACAUUGGUCAUUGAACUGGAAUCGAUUGAGGAUUUCAAGACAGCCGAAGGUUACUGGGAAAUUUUUUUAAAUCCAAUACAAUCAAUAACAUCCACAACAACUCAAGCUACACUAUCAAAUCUAAUACCUAAUAUUAUUCAACAUAUUAUUGAACCAGCAAUCCAAGGCGCCAUUGACAAGGUGCAACCUAUCGUUGAUGACGCUAAACCAAUUAUCAAAGAAAUUAAAACCAACACUCUGAUUACAGAACAUCAUCAGUUUCAAUUUCUGUCUCAUUAUGUGACACGUACGCAAGCGUUCGUGCUUGAGAAUCUGGUGCGUACAAUUAUAACCGCUAGGAUGAACUACGAUUUCACACAAUAUUCAUCAAUCUAUUGUAAAAUUCGAUCAUAUAUAGCCUAUAUAUUGUAUGCUCUAUCACCUUACUUCACAGUUCUUGCAUGUGCCGAUCGUUACUGUUCAUCAUCAUUAAAUUCAAAACUGCGUAAUCUAAGUAAAUUAUCUAUAUCGAAUCGUUUAAUACCUGGUACAGUUAUAUUCACUUUAGCACUAUAUCUGCAUAUGCUAUUUAAUUAUGAAAUUAAUCAUGGAAUGUGUGGCCCAAAGGAUGGUACAUACGCUCAACGAUUGAGUAUAUUGUCACUAUUUACAUUUUGUAUUAUACCACCAGCACUAAUGAGCACUUUUAGUAUACUCUCGUUUCGAAACAUUAAACAACAACGUCGUCGAAUCAUGCCGGUAAAUGCUACAGUAGGCGGAGUAAAAAUGAGACAACGUGACGGUCAAUUAUUGAGAAUGUUAUUUUUUCAUGUAUUAGCUGAAUUUAUAUUAGUUACACCAUUUUCCAUUGCCUAUUUGAUAUCAACAAUAAAUACGCAAUUCUAUACUAGCAAUGUUUUUGGAUUCAUAUUUAAGGUGCUUACACUCAUAAUGUAUUUGAACUAUACGACAAAUUUUUUUGUUUAUAUUAUUUUAAAUAAUGUUUGUUUAAAUUUUUAAUCAAUGUUACUUUAGGUAAUGAAUUCGCCUUCAU